CUGACAUUGACAUUGCAAUUAGUCUGUUUGGCAUAUAACCAAACAAAAUUGUCAUAUUUAUAAUGAUUUCCUACAUUGCUGAGGUUCAUUUCCACGGUCGUUUCCCGUUAGAAAACACUGAAGGCCGAGUUUUAUUUUUCUAUGGGAAUAAUUACAUAACAGGAGUAACUUUGUGAUAUCCGUUCGAGCCCAUCAAUCGCCUUUACGACAUGACUGUUUAUAGUAAAUGCAAAGUGCUUUUCAAGAAGUAUCCUCUUUUACGAGGAAUGGCAUCUUAUAGUAUUAUCUGGCCUACAUCCAGCCUCAUACAGCAAACGUUUGAGGGCAAGGAUUUAGAAAGCUAUGACUGGUGGAGGUGUGCUCGUUAUGGCCUGUACGGGUCUUGCUAUGUUGCACCUACACUCUACACUUGGUUGACAGUUGCGAGCAUAAUGUGGCCUGGAAAUACAAUAAGAGCUGGCAUUAUUAAGACAUUUGUUGAAACUAUCACAUACACACCAUGUGCAAUGUGUAGUUUUUAUUUUGGAAUGAGCCUUUUGGAAAUGAAGCCUCUGAAUGAAGCUAUAGCAGAAGUGAAAUCCAAAUUCUGGCCUACCUAUAAGGUUGGAGCAUCAAUUUGGCCCGCUGUAGCCAUGAUCAACUUCUGCCUGAUCCCUGCUAGGAACCGUGUGCCUUUCAUCAGCCUGUGCAGCCUGGUGUGGACCUCCUUCCUAGCCUACAUGAAGCAUUUAGAAAAGGAAAAAGUUCCUGAAAGUAUGAUGCCGUCGUCUACAAAACUACUAAAAAUUCAUAUAUAAAACAGCUUUAAUGUAAUAAGGAAUUCAAACCACCUGUGCCUUAAAAAGGUUGCAGUUGUAGCUAGAUCAAUUGUAGUUAAGCAUAAUGAUGAGUGUGAUAUAAUUUAUUGUUAAGAUUGAUAUGAAUACUAGUAUUAAUCUGUAUUUAUUACAAGUAUUAUUCUUUGUAUUACUAAGAAUGCAUCAUUAUUGUUAGAAAUGGAAUUGUUUAUACUAUAUAUAACAUGUAUAAGAUACUGUUAGGUAUCUGUGAUAUUAUUUUUAUAUUUAUUUUAGAAUUACAAAAAAUACUGGGAUCUGAUGUACAUUGUAGAUUUU